AUGUAUAUAGCAACAGGCAGCGAGAAUGACAAAACUGGACAUCUGACUGUGGUUGGCAAGGAGUUGGCGUCCCUCGAGGCUUCUGCGAACAUACUGGGCGUGACCGUUGCCGAGGCAAGGAGCUUGCUGAAGAUUAUUGCCACGGUGGAGAGGGAAGUUAACAUGUGGAACGCCGAGACCAGAGUGGAGGCAAG